GACUAAAUAUGCCCUAGGACACCAUUUCAGAAAGACUCUCCCUCUGAUCAGAGCUGCUCGUAGCAAGUUGAAAGCUCAGGCUCUGUCUUCACGAUGGACCUCAGUGCUACAAAUCACCGCAUUGCUCUCAGUGAUGGAAACAGCAUCCCCAUCAUCGGACUUGGUACCUAUUCAGAACCUAAAAAGACCCCUAAGGGGAGCUGUGCGACAUCAGUCAAGAUUGCCAUUGACACAGGGUACCGACACAUUGACGGGGCCUACGUCUACCAAAAUGAGCACGAAGUGGGCGAAGCCAUCAGGGAGAAGAUAGCAGAAGGGAAGGUGCGGAGAGAGGAUAUUUUCUACUGUGGAAAGCUCUGGGCUACAAAUCAUGAACCAGUGAUGGUGCGGCCAACCCUGGAGAGGACACUCAAGGUCCUCCAACUUGAUUAUGUAGAUCUUUACAUCAUUGAAAUACCCAUGGCCUUCAAGCCUGGAGAUGAAGUCUAUCCCAGAGAUGAGAAUGGCAAGUGGAUAUACCACAAGACAAAUUUGUGUGCCACAUGGGAGGCUUUGGAAGCUUGCAAAGAUGCUGGCCUGGUGAAAUCCCUCGGGGUGUCCAACUUUAACCGCAGGCAGCUGGAGCUCCUCCUGAACAAACCAGGACUGAAGCACAAGCCCGUCUGCAACCAGGUUGAGUGCCACCCUUACUUCACUCAGCCAAAACUCCUAAAAUUUUGCCAACAACAUGACAUCGUCAUUGUUGCAUAUAGCCCUUUGGGAACUUCUAGGAAUCCAAUGUGGGUGAAUACAUCUUCCCCGCCUUUGUUAAAGGACACACUGCUGAACUCACUGGGGAAAAAGUACAAGAAGACUGCAGCCCAAAUUGUUUUGCGUUUCAACGUUCAGCGAGGGGUGGUUGUCAUUCCUAAAAGCUUUAAUCCUGAAAGGAUCAAAGAGAACUUUCAGAUCUUUGACUUUUCUCUCACUGAAGAAGAAAUGAAGGACAUUGAAGCUUUGAAUAAAAAUGUUCGAUAUGUGGAAUUGCUCAUGUGGCGUGAUCAUCCUGAAUAUCCAUUUAAUGAUGAAUACUGACUUCAGAUUCUUCCUCCCCACAGUGCCCAAAGAUGCGCACAAGAAAGGGGCUUCACUGUUCUCAAAGUGGUAAUGGAAUGAUGCCCAACUUUUGUGUAGCAUCCGUGACUUUAACUUAGCUAAGCUUUAACAAAAACUAUUCAGAUCUGAUGAAAUAAUUCUUUAGAAAUUAUUAGCUAAAAAAAAAAAACCGAGAAAUUAUUAGCUAACAAUGCAAAGACCAAUGUAUUCUGCAUUCCAUAUUGAAAGAUUUAGAAAAUAUUUAAAAGGCAUAUGAAGAUAAAUAUCUCACUAAUCUGGGUACUACUGUUGGUAGUCUCGAUUCUUUAGCAGUUAACAGGACAACCAAGAGUGGGGAGAGCCGGCAGGUGCCAGUGUGCUGACAGUGGCCUUGUAAUGCAGACACAACCACGAUGAGAUGCACACAUGCAUGAUUAACAAGGAAGUCGUUUGUCCCACCAUGAGUAGACGUAGAGGGCUAAGUGUAGAAAAAGUCUUAAAAUUGAGCUAUGUAAUUAACACAGUGGUCAGCAAAGCCCUGGUGAUCUUACGGCUAUUGUGUCGCUGUUUUGUUCCAUCCAGUGUGUGUUUCUGUAGCCUUUAUCCAGUUUGGAGAAUGGAUUAUUACUAGUUCUAGCUUGCGUCCUUAAAGGGCCUGAGCUCUAACACAACUGGAACUGGUGACUCGCAUUGACUCCGUCUUAUCCCCCUCGUCCACAGCCAUCAAAAACCACUGUUACGUGACUUGAGAAAACAACACACACAAAUAAACUCUGUAUCAAGAAAUUGUACCAAGACUGCUAUUUUAAAAGAAUAUAUUUUAAAAGGAGGAUUUAGGAAGCAUAGUGACAUAAGACAUAGAAUUAUUAUACUUACAACUUUGAGUGUUAUUGAGAUAGCUAUAUGAAUUUUGAAAAGUGGCAAGCUGAAAAUAACAUUGGCGGUUUGCUUUACAUAAAUCUUUGAAAAGCGAAUAAGAAGAUUAUUAGAAUUCAGCAUUACAGAUAAUUUAAUUAGAUAUUUUAUUUGUUAGCAAUAGGUCACUGUCAUAAGGUGAGUUCUUCAAAAAUUAUAUUUUUCAAAACCAAUUUCUUAUCAUUUCCAUUGCUUACACAUAUGUUUUUAUUGAUUACAAAAAUCUGAUCUUGAGGGGUCAGCAUCGUAAUGCACAGGUUAAGCCACCACCUGCAAUGCUGGCAUUCCAUAUGGGCGUCUGUUUGAGUCCCAGCUGCACCAUUUACAAUCCAGCUCCUUGCUAGUGCACCUGGGAAAGCAGUGGAAGAUGGUGCAAACCCUCGAGCCCCUGCAGUCACAUGGGAGACCCAGAUGAAACUCCUGCCUCCUGGCUUUGCCCUGGCCCAGCCUUGGCCAUUGAAGCCAUUUGGGGAGUGAACUAGCAGAUGGAAGAUCUCUCUCUGUAACUCUGUCUUUCAAAUAAAAAAAAAUUUGAUUUGCACAUUUGUUUCCAAUGAUCUAACAGUUGUACAAUUCUGUCCUGUGGAAAAUAUUUUGCUCACAAGAAACAAUAAAAGUUGAACGAUUUUUCUCUA